AUGGCACCGAUCAACAUAGAACUGGAAUUUCUCACUUACUCGGCCUGCUUCCGUCUUGAUUCGACCUCUCAGGCGCGCGCGUUGGAACACGCAAUCGCGCAACACUUGGGUUACCCUAGGCCAGGCGAAUUUCGUAUACUGUUCAAUGGCGACCGCGUGACGUCUAAUCAGACUAUUGCAAGCCAGUGGACUGAGAACGAAACGUCAGUGGUCUUCAUGAUGGAACAAGGGGGCCCAAGCUAUCACCCGGGGCUCUACAUGCAAACUCCCGAAAAGAUCGAUUGGGUGUGCUGGGAGAUUGUCUACGCACCUGGCCCGGAGACUCGACGUCUGGACUUCCUUCCCAAGGCGGCCUGGCGUUCGGGUGGGAUGGACUGGAGAGGAUCCCUUCGCGGCCUCCGUAACCUGCCUUUGGAACAGCGGGGGGCGGGAGACAUGGAGGGUACUGUAGAAUGGGAUAUAGCUGCGGGAUCAUUCGAUCAAAACUCCGAGGCGAAGCAGCACACCCGUUUGGACGACAGCAACGCAGUGGUUCUAACAUAUACUGAAGUGGCACCGUACAUACAGGGUGUUUUCGACGCUCUAUCAAUUGAUCGCGGCAUAUCGUACGGCUUUCUCAGAAACUAUUACAACGCGCUCAUCGCGACUCCCUACCUUGCCGUCCGCUUCGUCGAUCAGGCGAGUUACGAGCGCAUCGCACCAAUCUCUAUCUGGCCUCCGCCGCAAGUCAUGGCGCGUAUUGUUAUGCUGUUUCAGCAUGUAGAGCAAGCCGAGCUGGGCUGUUGGAAAGGAGCGAUGGCGCGCGCCAAAGCAGGGUCAUCACUCUGGAAGGAUGUCGUUGGUUACGACGGACGCGUGGCGGACCAAAAUGCAUACCGUGUAUUAGAAUGGAGAGCGAUUGAGGUCACCGAGGACUGCAAAUAUUGCCGAUACAAAACGUGGGGUGACACCGCACACAGAGCUUCAGCGCCCGGCCUGCGGCCGCGGCCCAGUAUAUGUAUAGUAGGAUGA